AUGGGUUCUCAGCCAUCACCUCUACGUGUGUUGAUCAUUGGCUCCGGAUCUGGCGGCUUGUUGUUUGGCCAGGUUUUGAAGCAGGCUGGCAUUUCAUGCACUGUCUUCGAACAAGACAAAAGCUUUUAUGAACGACCUCGAGACUGGAACUUUGGCAUUUACUGGGCGCAGUCGCGUCUCGACGAGUGCUUGACUGAAGAUCUCAAGCCUUUGGUGAAGACUGUACAGACGGAUCCGAGCUAUGUUGCCCACGAGGGAAGUGUCAUGCCAGUGCACAAUGGAGAGACUGGAGAACUUUUGAAGAAUCUGCCAGCACCUUGGAGUCUUCGCCUCAAAAGAAAGAAAUGGCUUGAGAUGAUCUCGAAAGACGUCGACAUUAAGUGGGGUAAACGUCUCAAGCAUAUCGAGACAUCCGACGAUACCGUAACUGCGACCUUCGAAGAUGGAACAAAAGAAACUGGUAAUCUCCUUGUUGGUUGUGAAGGUGCACAUUCGUUUACUCGAGAAUAUCUCCUGGGACCAAAAGAAGCCGAACUCCUCCCGUCACCCUGCGUCGCCAGUGUGACGAUCACAAAGCUCAGCCGACAAGCCUCAAUCGACCUUCGCAAAUUACAUCAACGUUACACGAUUACGUUCCAUCCCAAUGGUACUUUCACAUGGAUGAGUAUUCAUGACUGUACAUCAGAGGAUCCUGGAGACUGGACUUGGAUGUUGAUGCAAACAUGGCGGUCAGACGAAUCCACCGGUCUCGAAGGCGAUAAUGUUCUACCAGCCAUGUAUGAACGGGGAAAGGCUUUCGGCUACCCAUUCGGCGAAGUCUUCGCAACAAUCCCACCCGACACGAAAGUAUGGCAUAAUAGACUAUCGUACUGGCCAACAAAGCCAUGGGAAGGAAAGGGUCUUGUUACUUUGGCUGGAGACUCUGCGCAUGCUAUGACUUUCCAUCGCGGUCAAGGCCUGAACAACGCCAUCUCAGACGCCGCUGAUUUCUUGGUCCAUCUCCGAGCUAUGAAAGAACACACACCAGCAGAGCUCCAAGCUGCAGUCAAGAAGUAUGAGGCUGAGCUUGUGCCGAGAGGCAAUGAGGCUGUCAUGGCUUCGUAUUUGAAUACGAAUGCUGUUCAUGACUGGAGCACGAUGAUGCAAUCUCCACUUUUUACGGAGGGGUUGGCGAAGGAUAAGAAGAAACAGGAAGAGGAGGCUGUUGCUGCGGAGGCGGCUGCUGAAGCGAUUUUGGCCGAGGCUCAAGCUUGA